UUCUUACCAGAUUUAAAGAGCCCUCACAGCACCGGUGCAGGUAAUACCAGCAAAAAGAUGGAUACCAGGGUGCAUUUGCCCUCUUUUCCAUCCAUUCAUCGAAUCGGAGCAAAACACAAAGCCACAAACAAUAAUGGUGCUGCAAAUACCAACGACGACGAUAACACUGGCAAUAAUAACCACGGCAAAAGCAGUACCAGCGUCAACAAAAAUGUUCCAAGCCAAUCCAUUUCAAGGACAGUUUCUUCUGCCAAUAGAGAUAGUGGUGAGAAGUCGUAUUUACGUUUAUCCGAAAAACUUCGACAUUCCACCAACGGUUCGGGGCUUGGAGGUAAACUGUCGAGCGCAAGCAUGGAACUAGGAUCAGGAUCCGGCUCAGUUAUUGGAAAUACAAUUGGCUCUUCAAGUGGAACAAAUAUUGGGUUACUUCGCUCCCCGAAGUCCCGAAUAAGUUCCAAGUCCUCAGGCUUUUCUGUCACAGUAGAUCUACCAACCAUCCGCCCAAGUGCAGGUGUUUAUAGUCCAAAGUUACAAAAAAACCUGUCUCGUAUCAACACCUUGUUUGGAGAUGAAAAUGACCGGCGAAGCGACAGUGACAGCAGCCGAAGUAGUAGUCAGACUAGCAGCGGUGGCUCUGAAAGUUACUCCAGUAGUGGCUCUGAUUCCGAAGAGAAAACCUCUAAGAUCGCUACCGAGCAUUUCAGUGAUAAUCCUUCUAAAAGUGGGAUCAACGAAAGCAACAUCCCAAAUAUCACAGAAAACGUUGAAGGGGAGUUUGAGGCAGAAAAACAUAAUGAAAGUCGGGUCGGGGAUGGUGAGAUCAAUGAAAACGUUGUGAGAAUAAAACAACUAUCACAAGGUUCAGAAACGUUAGCAGAUCAAGAUCCGCAGUUCAUCUACAAGCAUAAUACAGAAGCAAUAAAUAAAGAUAAAGACAUCAAUAAGCUCAGCAUAGGACAAUCUCCAGAAGUUUUCACAGAUGUUCAAGAACAAAAGCAGACAGAUUAUGGUUACGACUAUGAAAAUAAUAAUAGCAACACCCAUCCUCAUAAAUCACCAGAUUUUUUCAUUUCAGAAGCAAACAGUUUACUCAACCAUAGAAUUAAACUAAUGGAUGACUUACAUAUGAGUCCAACUGCUGCAGAUCCCGUUUCCACAUUUAUUCCUGCUGAAAGUGAUAGUGUUGACCCGUCAGAAAAUAGCGUUAAUGGGAGAUCUAUGUCACCCGAUAUUACUCCGCAACCUCAGUUAAUGGUUCCUUCCCAAUCAGAUUACAGUGUUUUGACGAACAUGCCGAAUGGGAAAAACAACAGUUUGAGCUUGAACAGGAACAAGAGAAAUACGCUUUCCUCUUCCAAUAAGCCUCUCGAAAUGAAUCAAGUGCUUUUUGAAAAACAUCCUACAAUGAGCAUGAAACACUAUUCUAAGAUUAUGAAUAGGGCAAAGCACGUUGGGGCUUAUUUGACUACCUAUUAUGCGUAUAUACAAGAAUAUCAAAAAAUACACCAUCCAAGGGAAAAUAGUGCUGAUACAAUGUAUCCAAGUGUUGAAGGAGUUUGGAACCCGCUACAGAUCAUGAGAAAUCGAAGGGUUAGAAUGCGUACUGGUGAGAAGCUAAAAAAGCUUACAAUGCACGGCCAAAAAGUUGGAGUGAGUGGAUUAUACAGUUUGAAUGACUCACUUACGAACUUGACUUGCGUAACUACUACGUCACUGCCACUUCCACUGGGAGUGGUGACCUCUUGGCAUAGUGCUACAGAGAAUGCAGGUUUGGGAAUUUUGUCUGCUGAAGCAAGCAAUUUUUUCCAUCAUGAUUGGAGAAAGGUGAAGGUGGCGAGUCGAGUGUUUAGUAGGCAUUCCAAGCAGAGAUUGAUUUGGCAAAUAGGCCUGCAUGAAAUAAUUGGGGAUCUUGCUUGGAGGGAAGGGAAAUGGAAUGAAUUAAGAGAUCCUUCUGGAAGAAGAUGGUUUCCAAAGCACUCCAAUGAAGCCAGUAAUCAUAAGCUAAAUAGUGGAGCAAAUUCAAAUCAUAUGAACAACUCAAGAAGUGAAGAUAGCAAGGAUGGUAGCGAUGAUAGUGAGCAUAAGAUUCGCAAAAUUCAUGACUUGUUGUUUGUAGAUGAUGGUGCCACUGGAGAAGGACGCGAAGUAGAUCGGGAUCGGGAUCGGGAUCUGGGUCUGGAUCUUCAAAGAGCGAUAAAAAAACUAGACAAACAAAAGACACCUCUAAAGAGAAAAUCAAGAUUGAAUCAAGAGAUAAAGACAGGGAUUCAGAUAGGGAGAGAGAAAAGAUCAAAGAUUUGGAUAAAGAUUAUGACAAAGAGAAAGAUAAAGAGAAAGAAAAGGAUCGAACUGGAUCAUUGA